AUGCUCCGCCAAUUCACCAAAUUCACGCGCACCAGCGCCGGACUCGAGAAAACCCUACGGCUCAUCCAAGCACUCUGCCAUGUAGCCAUUGAAGUAAGCAAUGACAGCGUCUCGGUAUCGAAAUUAUUACUCGCAAAGUCUCAAAUCGCGCUAUCUCGGCGAUAUCUGCGCUUCUUCAACUUCCUCGACUGCUUUCAUCGCGUUGUCGACCUUCUCGGGGGAUCGGGACCUUCGUCUGCGUCUGCGUCUGCGUCUGAUGGCGAUUCGCAGGGGUUCCGGGUCCUUCUGGCGACGCUGGAGAUUGCCCGGUGGAGUUGUAUGGGGCUUUAUCUGGCCCUGGAGGAUUUGACUCUGUUGCACGCGAUGAACGUCUGGCCUGUCGCGUGGACCAAUAUGGUUCUGACCGAGGCGUUCAAGUUCUGGUUCUAUGCGAUUUCGUUUUCGCUGGCGGGGACGGCGGUUGGGUUGUUGGGGUGGUUUGCUACUGGUCCUGUUCCUAAAGGGGAAGAGAAAGAGAAAGAGGCGGCUACUAACCCCUCUGUUGCGCCCUUUGUGAGGCGUCUCCUGGCUGACGGGUGUGAUUUGCUUAUUCCUGGCUUGUUCCUGCGGUGGAUUGAGGUGUCGGAUUUGGUGGUGGGGAUUACUAUGGUGGUGAGUACGUUGAUUUCAGGACAGGAGAUUUGGAGUCAGGUUGUGUAG